AGUGGGCGUGGCCACGCCCGGAAGUGGGCGCGGCGGCGCUGGCGAGCACCUUCCGUGUCCUGGCUCCGCCCGGUCCCAGCCCGGGCUCCCGCUUUUCCCGCCUCUGGAAAUAUGUCCGAGGGAGUGGAUCUGAUUGACAUCUACGCCGACGAGGAGUUCACCCAGCAGGACCCGGAGUUCAGUAAUGCUGACCAGAUGGAUCUCUACGACGACGUGUUAGCAGCCAGCUCCCAGCCCCAGGAAAAGCGUUCCAGCAGCUCGGAAGCGCCUCCAGAGAUCCGUCAGGAGCCGUCUCCCAAGCCCAACAGCAAACCCCCGGCCAUCCUGUACACCUACAGCGGACUCCGGAACAAGAGGGCCGCCGUCUACGUUGGCAGCUUCUCCUGGUGGACAACUGACCAGCAGCUGAUCCAGACCAUCCGCUCCGUCGGAGUCUACGACGUGGUGGAGCUGAAAUUCGCGGAGAACCGAGCCAAUGGCCAAUCCAAGGGGUAUGCGGAGGUGGUGGUCGCCUCCGAGAACUCGGUCCAUAAACUCCUGGAGCUGCUUCCCGGAAAGAUUCUGAAUGGAGACAAGGUGGAGGUGAGGCUGGCGACCCGGCAGAACCUGUCGCAGUUCGAGGCUCAGGCUCGCAAACGUGUGCCACCACGGGCCCACUCCCGAGAUUCCAUGGAUGCAGUGGAUGGCCGCAUGGGGCUGCCCCCCCCUCCCAUGCCCCCCCCACCUCCCCUCUCCUCCGCUUUCGGAGUCCCUCCACCUCCUCCCGGAAUUCCCUACCAGCACCUGCUGCCGCCGCCGCCCCGGCUGCCCCCGCCCCUGGCUGUGCCCCCGCCGGGAGCUGUGCCCCCUGCCCUGCACCUCAAUCCCGCCUUCUUCCCGCCGCCCACCGCCGCCCUGGGACCCCCUCCGGACACCUACGGCAAGGCCAUGGCUCCCUACAACCACAGCAGCCGGGAGCUGGGCCCGCCGAUCCCGGCCGUGAGCGAAGGCGAGUUUGAGGAGAUCAUGAACCGCAACCGCGCCAUCUCCAGCAGCGCCAUUUCCAAGGCGGUGUCCGGCGCCAGCGCAGGGGAUUAUAGCAACGCCAUCGAGACGCUGCUCACGGCCAUCGCUGUCAUCAAGCAGUCACGCGUGGCCAGCGACGAGCGGUGCCGCGUCCUCCUCUCUUCCCUCAAGGAUUGCCUGCAUGGAAUUGAGGCCAAAUCCUACAGCAGCAGCUCCAGCAGCAGCUCCAGGAAAAGACACCGAUCCCGGGAGCGCUCUCCCAGCCGGUCCCGCGAGAGCAGCCGGCGGCACCGGGAUCUGCUCCACAGCGAUGAUCGGCACGAGGAUUAUUUCCAGGAGCGGAGCCGGGAGCACGAGCGGCAUCGGGACAGGGACAGAGACAGGGACCGGCACCACUGAGACAGGAAUUUGGCAGGAAGUGGUUUUUAAUGGACUCGUAUCUCCUCACCUCGACCAGGACGCCGUGCCCGAGGCCGCUCUGCCCCAUCCCGGUCCCUUCCCCGCCACCCCCAGCCCCCUCCGGGCGGGACCCCCGCCUGCACCUCGUGGCCUUGGGAAUCCCCCCCCACCACUGCUGCUGCUUCCCGGGGCCAUCCCGCUCCGCUCUGUGGAUACUUGGACCCAAAGAGAAAUGGUGCUUUUAUUCCAUGGAGGGAGGUUUGUGAGCCCUUCCCAGUCUGGGGGGAGGAACGGAGGGGAUGGAGCCCUCCCUGUGCAGCUUGGGGGCUUGGAGAUGCACAGCUCCUAAUCCUGGCAUCAGGAGCCAUGUGCCAUCCUCUGGAUUGCCUGGGGACACUCCCAUCCCCAUCACCCUAGCAGGACACUGUGCCACGCUCCUCCUUUGCCCCUUCACCCUCCAGGAGCUGGGAAGAAGGGGCUGGAGCUGGGCUGGGGGUCACCCUCUCUAUCCUGACAUUCCCCACAGCAGCAUUCCCACCCAAACGGCAGCUCCGGCCUCUCCCGCAGAGCCUUCCUUGUUUUAGAGGAAGCGGAAGAGGCAGGGCAGGCUGUGACCCUCUCAUGUCCCCUUGGGAUCCCAAGAAGGAGAGGGAGAGCCCAGGAGGGUCGGGAUGAGCCGGGACACACUGGGUGACUUCCAGGGCUGGAAUCAUGCCCAGGUGGGAAAACCUGGAAGUCUUUUUAAGUUGAAAUAACACAAAUUCAGGAAAAGCCACCCCAAUUUUCCCAAGCCCCACGAGGUGGGAGCACACGGCGGGAGAGCUCCGGGUUUUUUUUUUACUUACCGCCACAGAUUUUUAGUUUCUUUCCAAAUAGUGGAGUGGGGAAAAAGAUUCCCCCCAAAUUGCAGAGCAAAUCCCUGGAAGCCCCGGCGAGGCGCCGCCCCUCCUGCUCGCAGUGAUUAGAUUUGUCUUUGGAUAGGUUGGAAUUGUGUAAUAAACUCGGAUGACGUUGUCAGUCUUUUA